CAUCCAGAAGUCCGAGGAACAAAUUCUGAUUUCUCUCUCUGAAGACCGAUUUAGGAAGAGGAGGGAGAGGCGAGGAGAGCAAGAGCGAGGGAGAGAGAUUAGGGCGAUCUGAGAACCCUGUGGGUUUCAAGAGCCCUAGCCUUCUCUACUCUCUUCGCAUCCUCGUGUUGCUUCUCCUUCUCUCGGCGUCAUUUCUUCCGUCGGCAUCGAACUAGUGUGAGAGGAGGAAUUGCAAGCUUUCCAAGCACGGGUGCUGCGAUUCGCUUGAUCUUCACUUUUGGCCAGUUAAGUGAAAAGAAAUAGAAAAUGGUUCUGUGGGUUUUUGGGUAUGGUUCACUGGUCUGGAAUCCAGGUUUUCAUUUUGAUGAGAAGGUUAUAGGCUUCAUAAAGGAUUAUAGGCGUGUUUUUGAUCUUGCAGCAUGUAUAGACCACAGAGGCACACCAGAAAAUCCAGCGAGAACCUGCACUUUAGAGGCCAAGAAAGGAUCAGUUUGUUGGGGUGCUGCCUAUUGUGUUAAAGGAGGCUCUGAGAAAGAAAGAGCAGCAAUUCAGUAUUUGGAGAGAAGGGAAUGCGAGUAUGACAGAAAAGCAUCCGUGGACUUCUAUGAGGAAGGAAACCUUGAGCCAGUUAUGACCAGUGUACUAGUAUUCAUUUCUACUCCAGAUAAGGUGGCCAAUCGGUACUAUCUAGGCCCGGCGCCCUUGGAAGAAAUGGCAAGGCAAAUUGCUACUGCAACUGGUCCUUGUGGGAAUAAUAGGGAUUACCUGUUUUCAAUGGAGAAAGCAAUGUUUGAUAUAGGUCAUGAAGAUGAUUAUGUUAUACGACUAGCAAACGAGGUCAGAAAGGUGCUCAGUCGCUUGAAGGAUAGGAGGACAGUAACUUCCCAUGUUGCAAUGAUAGAUAAGCUUCCAUUAAGGGGCCUCACUCCCCUCUUGGAGGCUACCCUCGUGAAUUCAGGGUAGUUUAUUUUCACAUUUGAUUUCAGCUAAUCCCAACAAAAUAUGUUCCUUCUGAGUUCUCUUAACGCUUUUAGCAUUACUCGCUACAGUUUUCUUUUAUGUAGAACUAUCUUACGUUUCCCCUAAUGUUUUCUUAUCAUAAACUAUGUGUGGAUCUGACUUUAAUACAUUUUGAAGCAGUUAAUAGAAGGUUGAGUACAUCUCGCCAAAAUUAAACUUGUUUAGUUUU